UGUUCUAUAGAGGAAGAGUCAGACUGAGAGCCACCAGGUUUUGACUGAGCCUUGUUUCCUUUUCAAAGACAUCUUGAUGUAAUUUAUUUCAACUUGUUUUGUUUUUAAGCAGUUUAAACGAAUCUGAUCUGAAAAUUGGAAAACUGAAGAAAGACUCAAGGAGGACGAGUUUUGAAAAUGCACAGGAUGGAGGUUCAGGCCGUGUUUGUCGUCGUCGUCGUCGUCGUCCUCACGUUCGCAGCUGCUAAUUCUGAUUCAAAAACUGAACCAGAGUUCUCGAGAAAAAAGGUCACGCUGACGUGUCCAGAAGCUGGAACGUGGUUUGACAGUGAAAAUAAAGAAGUUUCAGAAACAAAAGCCGAAACGUAUACAUUUGAAUAUACACGUCAAGUCCAAUACAGCUGUAAAAAUACAGAAGCAAAAWCGGAAUAUAAGUUCUACAUAAAGGGAAGGGCUUGUGAGAACUGCUUUGAACUYGAUGGAGUUCUCUUUUUGGCGGUCCUCAGUGGGGAUCUGACUGCAACAGUAAUUCUGAUGGUAAUAAUCUACAGGUGCAACAAGAAGAACACCUCUGAUGCACCUGCUCGCACUUCUAAACCACCUGUUAGAUCAGGAGGCAUGGCUCCACCUGUCCCGUCUCCUGACUAUGAGCCUCUGAACCCCAACACUCGAUCAGAAGGGCCUUACUCCGUGGUCAACAGGAUGGGUUAGACACGUGCCAUCUGAAGAGACCAAAUACACCCAGGACCACCGUCCAUGUGUCCAGUAUCAUGAAAACUGUAGAUUUUAUUGUUCUAGACUUCAUCAUUUACAUAUAUGUGAAUAUCUUUUGGUUUGUGCGGUACGAGUGCUGUCACAGCGUCUGAACUGUGGCGCUCUCCGUCUUUUAAAGUCACACUGAAAAACCUCUACUGAUCCUGAAAACAGUCAKCCCUGUUGACAGUUUUCAACAUGUUUUUGUCUCGUGUUGUCAGUCCAUGCCAGUUGUCUGAGGAGAAAAAUUGGCGAGGAAGAUUUUUGUUUGUUUUCAUUUUUGAAAUUAAAGUCAACACAAGGAGCUAUAAGUCAAACUAAAGAGGAAAAAAAACGAGCGAGGGAAAUAAAGUAAAUAACCAGUAGUCUUAUGUGUUGAAGAGACUUUUCAACACAAAAUGUUUUACUAAUAAAAAAGUUAUUUUAGGUCAUACUUGUGUCUACAGCUGUUUMUCAGUCUGUAAAAUCUUUAUUUGAGACUCUUAUUUUGAAGGACUGAAGGAAGCUGUGGAUGUUUUGACCCUGCUAUGGGAGUAAUWAACUUUGGAAUGGUUCAGGAUAAUUGAGUUAAAGUAAAAGAAAACAUGGUGAAUACGAAGGUAAAAUUAAAGGAAGGUGACAAACUAUAUUUUUAAUUYUGUUCAUUGUUCAGUUUCUAGAGUUUGAUGGUAUGAUCUGUGCCACUCGAGAUACAUUUUGCAGAGUUUGUACAUAUUAUAAAGCUUUUUUUGUUUGUUUGUUUCAUUUUAUGGCUUCAAAGGCACAUAUCACUUCCCAUAAACCAUCAUGAUAAAAGCAAAUCAAACUUUAUUAAUGGAAAGCAACAUCUUAUUAUAUUUGCUUUUGUUUUCAUUUUUCUGCUGCUGUUCUUUGAGUAAAAACUUGUAACUCAGAUCAUAUUAAACAAACUAUUGUAUAUUGCAUUUUGUUCAUUUAAGAAAUCCACAUAAAGACGACAUAACAGUGAGUGGCAGAGAUGUUAAACAGGAUUUAGUUUUAUUUGAGGUGUAACCAGUGGGUUCUGKGCAUAUUUACUGUAAAUAUACACUGUUUUUAGUAUUCAUUUUUAUAUAUGAAGGGUUGAUGUCUAAUUUCAGUUUUGUUCAACCAUAUCCAGCUUCCUCACAUAUUUUUUAAAAACAGCACAAGUGUUAUUGUUUGGAACUUAUUGUACUGUAAAAGAACAGCUAGUUUUAGUUAGUUCACCGAGUUAAACUCUGCUUAAUAACUUUUUUCAUUUCCUUCCAGUCUGUAAUGUGUUCUGAAUAAAAUAAACCAGAAUAAAUGUU